AUGAAUUAUCCAAAAUUUAUAGGUGAAACAUUAGAAUUUGAUCCUCUUUAGAAACCGCCUAAAUUACAGUAUGCUCUAUAACAUCAAGUAAUUUUAACACUAAUUUAUAUUAGUUAGCCACUAGUUGUGGUUAGAAUAUUAAAAAUUCUGAUUACUGUCAAUGUUGUGGACUUGGUAUUGAUAAAAUGCCAUUACCUUUAAAUAUUGAAAUCAUAAAUUUAGCAUUUUUAGGAUAAGGUGUUCCAUUAUAUUUCAAUCUUAUGUUGCUUAUUAUUCUGUUGCACUUUGUAUUAUUCUUUAUUUUCACAGUUCCUAACGUUUCUCAAAAUUAUAUUGCAAAUAAUUGUAUUGCUCCUACUAAUUAUGCAUAUAAAUUAUGGAAAUAAAAUGGAUGUGAAUAGAAUUGUCCAUUGAAACAUGAUGCUUAUUAAUAUUUUGAGAAUUUAUUUUCAGAUUGUAAGAAUAUAUGCUAACAUUACUCUGAUGUUUGUAUAUAAUCUCAAACCUCUCGUAUAUCAUUUGUUAAUAAGUAACUUGAAGAUGAAAGUAAAUUAAUAUAGUCUUCAUUGAUUCUUUGCUCAGUAAUAAUUUACAAAAUUUUAAUGGUUCUUAUUCGUGAGAAAUAACGUAAGAUAGAAUAUGCAAUUGAUAAGGAAUUAUUAUCUCCAUCUGAUUUUACAGCUAUAUUAAAUAAUUUACCUAAGAAUGAUUAUAAUGAAAAAGAAUUAAAAAUAGCUUUAGAAGAAUAUUGUAAAGAAUUUGAUCCAAAAAAUAAAUAUGAAGUAGUAAAGAUUAAUAUCGCAUAUGAUAUAGUUUAAUUUGUUGAUAAAGGAAGACAAAAAUUAAAAUUAGAAAAAUAACUAGAAAACACAUCCUAUGGUAAUAAAGAGAAAUUAUUAAAAUAAAUUAAAGAAAUUUCAAACUAAUAACAAGUAAUAGAAGCUGAAAUAGAAAAUGGUUCAUAUAAAAAAACAACUCCAAUUGCCUUCAUCACAUUUCAAACCAAAAAAUGUUUAUAUAUAUUUAUCAUUAUAUAGAACUCUAAAAUUUAUUAGAAUAGACUAAAUUAUCUUAUUGGGAAGCAUUUAUGAUAGCAUUGAAAUCAAUAAUCAAAAAAAAAGAUAGAAGAGGAUUUUAUUUUAAACAUAAUUACAUUUAAAUAUCUAGAGCUCCUGAACCAGAUGAUGUAUUUUGGGAGAAUUGUGGUACUGAUGAGAAUACUUAACUUAAGAGAAGAAUAUUAAGUUGGUUUGUAAUAGUAUUCUUAUUAGGUUUAUCAUUAGGUACACUUUAUGGUUUAAAUGUUUUUUAAGUAUUAAUUAUAUAAUUAAUAUUAGAAUCAUUUUUUAUUGAAUUCAGAUAACAAAUAAUUUCUAAUGAAAACUAUGGCUUCAUUGUCAAAAUCUCUUAUUAUUACAAUAGUAGAUGGUCUCAUUUAUUAUUUUAUUACUUUAUUAGCAAAUUAAGAAAGACAUGUUACUAAAACAUAAUAAGAUACUUCUGUGGCUGAAAAAUUAAGUUAUGUUUAAUUUAUCAAUUCUUGUUUAUUAGUGAUUAUAAUUAAUGUAAUAGGAACUUAUUAUGAAUAUUCAAAAUAAGAUGCAAAACUAUUCAAUUUUGCUGUUUAAUAAUAAGGAGGUAUUGUUGAUGAUAUAUUAUAUGUCUCUGGUGCAAAUGCUCUUCUAGUACCUUUAUCUGCUUAUUUUAAUAUAUUUUAUAUUAUUAAGAAAUUUAAAUAGAUGAGAAUUGAAAAGAAUACUCAUUUAAAUUAAAUUGAAGCUAAUAAAUUAUUUGAAGGUCCUUAAGUAUAAUUUUAUGAUUAAUAUUCUUACUUAUGUAAAACUACAUGGCUUACACUAUUCUUUGCUCCUUUAAUACCUAUCUCAAUAUUAUUUGGAUUGAUUGGAUUAAUAUUAUACUAUUGGAUAUAAAAGUAUUUAUUAUUAAGAAGGAAUCGUAAACCUCCUUUUCAAAGUAGUCAUCUUGAUAGAGAAAUGCUUAAUCUAUUAGAUUUAAGUCCUCUUCUUUUAAGUACUAUGUAAUUUUUGAUUGAUUAUUCAUUUCAUUCAAGUUAGUUGUGUUAAACUAUAAAUGUUGCUUCUUUGGCAGUUUCUGGUUUAGAAUUAAUUAUUCCUUCAUGUAGGAUACAUAGAAUCUUAUAUAAGGAUGUUUAUGAGGAGGAAGAGUAGGUUAGAUAUGAAGAGAUUUAUUUAAAAUUACCUACUGAUUAUGACAGAACCAAUCCUUUAACUUAAUAAGUAGCAAUGUAAGAAUUUGUAAAGAAUAAAUUAAAGAAAAACUCAGGUCCAUUAUUGAUAGAGUUAUCUUAAAAUUUAAAUGUGAAUAAACCAAAAAGAAAUUAAGCUUUAUAAGAUUUAAUAUAUAAGGGUAUAUGUGAUCCAAAAAAAAUUAGAAUGAAAAUAUUGAAAUAGAAAUUAUAAUUGAUAGUUAAAAUGAGAUAAAUUAGAAAUCUUAAACAUCCAAUAGUAUUGGAGAGAUAAAUUUAAUAAAAUUAAAUUGCUUUUGAUAAAUAUGAAUCAAAAUAAUCUAGUGAAUUAAAUUCACCAACUUAUUUAAAAACUCCUGAAUACAAUUUUUCAUCUAUUAUCAAUAUCUAACCUUAAUUAUUACCAUAACAAUAAUAAAUUGAAAUGUUAGAUAUGAAUUCUACAGCCUCUCAAAAUAAAAGUGCUUAUUUAGAUACACCUAAAUAUUAUUUUAAUUCUAAAAACAAUUUGUUAUUUAAAAGUAUUAAAAAAUGUAAACACUCUUAAGUUUGA